GAAGAGGAGGGGACAGGGAGGCAGAGAAAGAGGAAGGUAGAAUCACAAGAUAAAAAGGAAAGAGCACCAUUCAGAUGGCAACAUAUACUGGAUUUUAAAAUAUAAUAAACUAUAGCAAAUCCGCAUUUAUUCAGUAGCUGAAGCUUCUGUCAGUGGACGUAUUUUUAUUGUUUAUAUUUUACUAAUGCGGGAAUCGUGCUAUUUUUGGUGGCAGUUGCCACGAUAAUGGGAAUAAAAAUGACCAGCGAUUAGUAAUUGUUCCACAAACAAAACUCUCCGUUAAAAAAUAACCGUGACGAACGGAUUGGAAACGAAAAACAGGUUGGAGAGCAGCGAACUAUGCACUUAUGAUGAUUUCUGCAAAGAAAACUCCUGAAAAGAGCCGUUAUCCUCUUCACUACCUGGUCUGGCACAACAAACACCGGCAGUUGGAGAAGGAGCUGUCAGCCAGCGAGCAGGUGGAGGUAGAGGCGCCGGACCCCAGGGGACGCACCCCUCUGCACCUGGCUGUCACCCUGGGACACCUGGAAUGCGCCCAAGUGCUGCUGCAGCAUGGCGCCAACGUCAGCAAGGAAAACAGCAACGGCUGGACAGUGCUCCAGGAAGCGAUAUGCACCAGGGAUCCAGAGCUGGUACGCCUCGUGCUACGUUACCGUGACCACCAGCGAGCUGUGAAGCGAUUGGCUGGCAUCCCUCUGCUGCUGGACAGGCUGCGCCAGGCUCAGGAUUUCUAUGUGGAGAUGAAAUGGGAGUUCACCAGCUGGGUGCCCCUGGUCUCCCGGAUCUGUCCCAGUGACACCUACCGCGUGUGGAAAAGCGGCCAAUGCCUGCGUGUGGACACCACACUCAUGGGCUUUGAUCACAUGACCUGGCAGAGAGGAAACCGCAGCUUCAUUUUCCGGGGUCAAGACUCCAGUGCUGUGGUGAUGGAGGUGGACCAUGACAGGCAGCUGGUCUUCUGCGAGACACUCCGCAUGUCCUCUGUGUCGUCGCCCCAGUCCUCGCCGCCCACCGGGUCCCAGCGUGGCAGUAACGACCUUGGCCUCCAGGGGGUGCCGGAGCCCACCGAGGAACAGGUGGCAGCUCGGCUCUCCGCACCCGUCGUCACGACACAGCUGGACACCAGGAACGUGUCCUUUGAGAGGAAUAAGACGGGGAUACUGGGCUGGCGCAGUGAGAAAACUGAAAUUGUGAACGGCUAUGAAACCAAGGUGUACGGGGCCUCCAAUGUGGAGCUGAUCACCCGAACCAGGACAGACCAUCUUGCAGAGCCUCACAAAGCUAAACCCAGGAGCAGCAAGACUCCCCUCCAGUCGUUCCUGGGCAUCGCUGAGCAGCACGUAGGCUCCAACAACGGGACCCUGGUGACUCAGAUGUCCAGCCACCCCAGCAACCCCAUGGCCCUCACAGCGGAGGAGUACUUCAACCCGGGACUGGCCCUUGGUCCCCGUGACAUCAGCCCCCCCUGCCAGCUCACCACAAAGACGCAGAGGUUCAAGGCCAAGCUGUGGCUGUGUGAGUCCCACCCACUGUCCCUGGCAGAGCAGGUCGCUCCCAUCAUCGACCUCAUGGCUAUCUCCAACGCCCUUUUCGCUAAGCUGAGGGAGUUCAUCACGCUUCGCCUCCCGCCUGGCUUCCCCAUCAAGAUCGAGAUUCCCAUCUACCAUAUCCUGAAUGCACGCAUUACUUUCGGCAACCUGAAUGGCUGUGAGGAGGGCGGGGGUCCCGGUGGUGUGGAGGGGGAGGGCAGCGGUCAGAGGGACAGGACAGACACCCCCUCACCCAGCAGCGACUCCUCCAGCGUCUCCAGCUCUAGCUCCACGGCGUCCUGCCGCGCAGGCGAGAUUCCGCCAUGUGUGUUUGACGCCCCACGGGGCUACAGCAUGCUGGGCAGCAACCAACGUGAUGAAGAGGAGGAAGAGGAUGACCUCUUGCAAUUCGCCAUCCAGCAGAGCCUGCUAGAGGCAGGGUCUGAGUACGACCAGGUGACCAUCUGGGAGGCUCUGACCAACAGCAAGCCCGGGACGCACCCCCUGUCAUGUGACCCAAUACGCAGCGAAAGGACCCCACAGCACAAGCCCCGCCCCAUGGCCAGCCCCCACAGCACACUGACCAAUAAGCCGCCCCGCAGCUACGAUGAGCAGCUGCGGCUGGCCAUGGAGCUUUCGGCCCGCGAGCAGGAGGAGGCAGAGCACUGCCGGCGGCAGGAGGAGGAGGAGCUUCAGCGUAUCAUCCAGCUGUCGCUCAUGGAGAAGUGAGGCGUGAUGAAGCGGGACCGAGAUGGGAUGGGCGGAGGAGGAGGAGGAGGAGGUGACAGAAGAGAUUCUUCCAAUAAUUGUAGAAGCCAUUGGCUGAAUGCCUGACUCUUUUACCCCAACUGCCUUCCCAUCCCCACCAGCCCCCCCCCCCCCGACCCAGGUAUCAGCUCAGCAGGAUGACCAAUGCCAGCAAACUUACCCCCAGAUUCACACUCACAUACACCUCGCCCCCCCCACACACUGCACCCGCCAAACAAGUUUACAACAAAAACCUCUUUAUGUACUUUCCCAAAUGACCACCAGGGCGGUGCUAGCUGUACAAGAGUGUGUGUGUAUGUGUGUGUGUGAGCUGGUGGGUAUGAAACAAAGCUGCUCUGCACAUACAGGCCUAACAAGCAGGCAACGUUAAUGGCACACAGAUAAUAUCUGUCACCGAUUGGUUCUCACUAACGGGGUAGCUAUGGGAGGGACGGUAAUGCCCUCUCUCACUUUGUUUUUUAAUAGGUCGGUUACUGACGUUUUCAUUUGCACAGAACUUAAUAGCACUGUAACGAGAUCGUACUCGUAUAGCUGUUAUGAUUGUUACGCGAAUGAAUACUUGGUGGAUUUGGCUUCUUCGUAAACACUGGCAGUCGUAUUGGCAGAGAAUAUUACUGAAAAAUGGCAGCAGUGUCAAAUAUCCCAUAAUUCCCUGUGCGUCCCAAGCAGACUUUGGCCAAUAAUCUGUCGGCUUACAUUUGACCUAAUUCAUUUCACAGCAACACACAGUAAACCCCACAUGUUCAAACACAUCUUGCACAUUUGUGGGAAAUUAAACAGAUAUAUAGGUAAAAUAAAAAGGCUCAGGAGUGGUCUGCUCUUGAACCUUUGAACAAACCUGACGAGGUCGUAGCUGCCAGGUGGGUGUGCACAGGCCUUACACUGGUCUGAGGCAGUUCUCCUAUCCAGUGCGUCCCACAGACAUAGUUAUACAAAUCAAACAAUGAACAAUGGCAACAUGACGGUGGCUACAUUCGUAUGACAUCACGACACAGAGCACACUACCACAUGGGGGGCUUGAAAUUUUGUUUUCUGGAUGGGCUGGGGGUGGAGUCAAAAUGGCUACUGGAAGCUACACAAUGAAAUUUUAAUGAGCCAAAUGAACGAAGAGACCGUGUGUCAUCAGCUCGGGUGGAUCCAAGGCCAUCAAGGGGGCCCAGCCUCCAUAGCGGUGUCACGAUGAUCCGGGCCUCACGGAAAAUUCCAGAAACUAAUCAGCAAUUACUCACUACCAUUGUCUGUCGGUCUGUUUAUGUUCUUUCUUAAAGUGUGUUUGAACCAGUUACUUUUUUUAAAUAAAAUUUCUUUCCACAGAAAAUAAUAGUGUUGAAAACACUGCAGUUUUGGAUGCCGUGCGGACGUGUUAGAAAGUGAAAUAAACUAAUAAACUGGCAGUAAAAAUGA